UGUACCUCUGGUCAUAGCUUAUUGUGUUCUAUAGCACACUAUCAAAAUCGCAAAUUCUAUUGUUCAUUUUCAACUAGUUAUCUGUCAUUUUCAGACUCAUUUACCCUUCGUCACUACUUUCCUUAUUAUACUUUACUCAUCCCCCUACGAGGCCAUCUCUUAAAGGUCCCACAGCCGUUCACCAGACUCCGAACCACUAAGUGCUACCUGGGGUUGAUUCUCAGGGCAACAUGGCGUCCCUUAGUGAAGACUUGCUUAUAACAGUGAAUAAGCUACAAGAUCUUGUUUUCAACACAAUUGGAAAUGACUCGCUAGAUCUACCACAAAUUGUCGUUGUAGGUUCCCAGUCUUCCGGAAAAUCUUCUGUCCUGGAAAACAUUGUUGGGAGGGAUUUCCUACCGAGGGGGAGUGGUAUAGUCACGAGACGGCCCUUGAUUCUACAGCUCAUCAACAUCCCCAGUGAGCACAAUGACAGGGCCGGUGAUAAUGAUGUUAUUGAUCCCCACACAGCUGCUAGUGUAGCUGGUCAGCGCGAAUGGGCUGAAUUUCAUCACCUUCCGGGGCGCAAGUUCGAAGACUUUGCCUUGGUGAAGCAGGAGAUUGAAGCCGAAACAGCUCGAAUUGCUGGGAAUAACAAAGGCAUCAAUAGGCAGCCCAUCAAUCUCAAGAUUUUCUCGCCCCAUGUGCUCAAUCUUACCAUGGUCGAUUUACCAGGGUUGACUAAGGUGCCUAUCGGAGACCAACCUUCCGACAUUGAGAAGCAAACCCGAACGUUGAUUCUUGAAUACAUAGCCAAGCCGAAUAGCAUUAUACUCGCAGUCUCCCCGGCAAACGUCGACCUUGUGAACUCCGAAGCGCUAAAGCUGGCAAGACAAGUAGAUCCAAUGGGCCGGAGAACAAUUGGUGUCUUGACGAAAUUGGAUUUAAUGGAUCAUGGAACCAAUGCAAUGGAUAUUCUUUCUGGUCGCGUUUAUCCACUGAAACUCGGUUUCAUCGGCGUCGUCAAUCGAUCUCAGCAAGAUAUACAGUCAGGGAAGUCGCUAUCUGAGGCCUUGCAAGCUGAAGCGGAGUUCUUCAGGCAUCACCCUGCUUAUCGAAACAUGGCGAAUAGAUGCGGAACUCAGUUUCUUGCAAAAACCUUGAACACGACGCUGAUGGCUCAUAUACGAGAUCGUCUGCCUGAUAUCAAAGCUCGCCUCAACACACUCAUGGGCCAAACGCAACAAGAGCUUGCCAGCUAUGGCAACAAACAAUUCAGUGGGGAAGAACAUCGUGGAUCGUUGAUACUGCAGCUGAUGACACGCUUUGCCUCUUCCUUUAUCGCUUCGAUCGACGGUACCUCCUCUGAGAUAUCUACCAAGGAGCUGUGCGGAGGUGCCAGGAUAUACUAUAUAUUCAACUCUGUUUUCGGCAACUCGCUUGAAACCAUUGAUCCCACGCAUAAUUUGACUGUGUCCGAUAUAAGAACGGCGAUCAGAAACUCGACUGGCCCUCGGCCAAGUCUUUUUGUUCCAGAACUUGCCUUUGACCUGCUUGUGAAGCCUCAGAUUAAAAUGCUUGAAGCUCCCAGUCAGCGUUGUGUUGAACUCGUCUACGAGGAGCUCAUCAAAAUUUGUCAUACUUGUGGCUCCCAAGAACUCUUACGCUUCCCUCGACUGCAGGCAAAACUGAUUGAAGUAGUGUCCGAUCUUCUUCGCGAGCGUUUGGGACCAUGCUCUGCUUACGUUGAAUCUCUAAUCUCCAUUCAAAGGGCGUACAUCAACACUAAUCACCCUAACUUUCUUGGAGCAGCAGCAGCAAUGUCGUCUGUCAUACAGAAUAAACAGGAACAGGAGAGAAAGAUGAUGUUAGCAGACGAUAGAAAAAAGCGGGAAAGAAGACGUCAAAAAGAGCUGAGCAGUGUCAAUGGCGCCGUCCCAGUAUCGCCCGAAGAGGAAGAGGACCACUCCGCUGAGUUGAGAGCACAGAACCUCGGUAGUCGCGGUCAAACUUCGAAGAAUUCUAGGAGCAUGUCUCCUCAUGUUAACAAGGGUCAAGAUAGUGCCAUCACCGCGACCCUGAACGGUGUCAACACUAACCCAAAUGCCAUGUUUGGUGCUACGAACACUACACGCGACUCGUUCUUGAAUUAUUUCUUUGGUAAGGACGGGAUGCAGAGCUCCGCACCGCUCCCCCAGCCCUUGAUUCAACAGAGACAACCCAACCAUCUCAGCGAGCCCAGCAUUAGCCAGAGUAUUAGACGACCGGAUUUACGCUCGCCAAUGUCGUUACCUGAUGACUAUGCAGGAUCUUCUGAUUACGGCGGGGAGAUGUCUCAGCAUGCGGACCAUGCUGAGCCGACCCUCUCUGACCGCGAGCUCAUGGAAACAGAGCUGAUUCGUCGACUGAUUUCGUCGUAUUUCAAUAUUGUUCGGGAAACCAUCGCCGAUCAAGUUCCGAAAGCUAUUAUGCACCUUCUUGUCAACCAUAGUAAAGAUGUUGUGCAAAAUAGACUUGUGAGCGAGCUUUAUAAAGAGGAUCUGUUCUCUGAGCUCCUUUAUGAGGAUGAUGGCAUUAAGGCGGAGCGAGAGAAGUGUGAAAGGCUGUUAGAAACAUACAAAGAAGCAGCGAGAAUUGUAGGUGAAGUGUUGUGACCUCCAUGAUGCAAAGCUUUGUUAGAGAGCCUUACCCACAGAGCCAGUUUCAGAUGUUCACUGGCAGAUCAGUGAUGGAUGAUGUCAUUGAUGCUGGUAUCGUGCAAUUGUACAUAUAGUGUUUGUUUUCUGUCUUCUAAUUGAGUGAGUGCCCUUGUCCGGUGCAUGCUUGACUAUUGACUAUACUUUUGUACUACGGCAUCAAAGUUGUCUUCUUUCAGG